CACAGCAUCCCUACAGAUCCUCCAGCUGAAGGAUGGCAGAGGUGUAGACGCAGGUUUAUGGGGCUCGAAUGAAUGGAAAAAGGUUACAGGAUAACUUCAGCCACAAAGUACUUUGGGUCUGGACUUUUAUGUUUUUGUGACUGAGCAGAUCUCUGCACGGUCGGACUGAGCUAUCGCGGUCUAUUUCAGGAUGUACUGCUGUCUCCCGGGGAGGAAGGUGGUCGCAUUUAUUGUAAAAAUGGAUCCCUGCGUCCGGCGUUGGAUUAUCCUCCUCAGUACCUCCUGCACCUGCUGAGACGUCGCCGAUAGCCGCCCUGCCGCACUUCUGGGAUGGUGUGACGUCCAGCCACCUGCUGGCUGCCCCACAUCUGGGUCGAGAUGCCUGUGAUGAAGGGGCUCCUGGCCCCACAGAACACCUUUCUGGACACCAUCGCCACGCGCUUCGAUGGCACCCACAGUAAUUUCUUGUUGGGUAAUGCCCAGGGCCACCGCGGCUACCCCAUCGUUUACUGCUCUGAUGGCUUCUGUGAGCUGACUGGCUUCACUCGCGCCGAGGUGAUGCAGAAGAACUGCACCUGUCGCUUCCUUCACGGCGCUGACACCUGCGAACACGUGGCCCAGCAGAUAGAGAAGGCUCUGGAGGGACGGGAAGAGUACCAGACUGAAGUUCACUUCUACAAAAAGAAUGGUGUGGCCUUCUGGUGUCUGCUGGACAUUGUGCCCAUAAAAAACGAAAAGGGCGAAAUGGUUCUCUUCCUCUUCUCAUUCAAGGACAUCACCGACAGCUAUGGGAAGGGGCAUCACAGCAGCAAGAGGGGUGAAGACAACAGGUACAGGAGGAAGAGCAGCUCUCACUUCCGCGAGGCCAGAAAACACGGACGCACCGUGUUGUACCAGCUGACCAGCCGAUUCUCCAGAGGAGGCAAAAGAGACGUCAACCUGAGCGGAUCAAUGGUGGACAAGCCUUCGGUACCAGAGUACAAGGUGGCGGCGGUGCAGAAGUCGCGCUUCAUCCUGCUGCACUACAGCGUAUCCAAGGCGCUGUGGGACUGGCUCAUCCUGCUGGCGACCUUCUACGUGGCCGUCACCGUACCCUACAACGUUAGCUUCUCCCCACACGACGACUCCAUCCCUGCCUCCCGCUCCACCAUCGUCAGCGACAUCUUAGUGGAAAUGCUGUUCAUUAUCGACAUUAUCCUGAACUUUCGUACCACCUAUGUGAGCCAGUCGGGUCAGGUGGUGUACGAGUCUCGCUGCAUUUGCAUUCACUAUGCCACCACGUGGUUCUUUGUGGACCUGGUGGCCGCCUUGCCCUUUGACCUACUCUAUGCCUUCAACAUCACAGUGACCUCUUUAGUCCACCUCCUGAAGACGGUCCGUCUUCUGCGUCUCCUUCGGCUUCUUCAGAAGCUCGACCGUUACUCUCAGUACAGCGCCAUGGUGCUGACCUUACUGAUGUCUGUUUUUGCCCUGCUGGCGCACUGGAUGGCCUGCAUCUGGUACAUGAUCGGCCGCAAGGAAAUAGAAACCAAUCAAACCUGGGAUAUAGGAUGGCUCCAUGAGCUGGGCAAACGUCUAGAGACUCCGUACGUCAACAGCACCGUGGGCGGCCCGACGGUCCGCAGCUCCUACAUCGCUGCUCUCUACUUCACCCUCAGCAGCCUGACCAGUGUGGGCUUCGGGAACGUCUGCGCCAACACCGACGCCGAGAAGAUCUUCUCCAUCUGCACCAUGCUCAUCGGUGCUCUGAUGCACGCCGUCGUCUUCGGUAAUGUGACGGCCAUCAUCCAGCGCAUGUACUCACGCCGCUCCCUCUACCACACGCGUAUGAACGACCUGAAGGACUUCAUCCGUGUUCACCGCCUGCCCCAGCAGCUUAAGCAGCGGAUGCUGGAGUACUUCCAGACCACAUGGUCUGUCAACAACGGCAUCGAUGCCAACGAGCUCCUGCACGACUUCCCAGAUGAGCUGCGAGCCGACAUCGCCAUGCAUUUGAAUAAGGACAUCCUUCAGCUGCCGGUUUUUAAAGGGGCCAGCCGAGGCUGCCUGCGCUCACUCUCGCUUCAUAUUAAGACCUCUUUCUGUGUACCUGGGGAGUACCUGAUCCGUCAGGGCGACGCUCUGCAUGCCAACUACUUUGUCUGCUCCGGUUCCCUGGAGGUGCUGAAGGACAGCAUGGUGUUGGCGAUAUUAGGAAAAGGGGAUCUGAUCGGGUCUGACUUGCCUGGAACUGAUCAGGUGAUAAAGACAAAUGCAGAUGUGAAGGCGCUCACCUACUGCGACCUUCAGUAUAUCAGUGUGCGCGGCCUGAGAGAGGUGCUGGAGCUGUACCCAGAGUAUGCCAGCGUGUUCACCACCGACAUCCACAACAACAUCACCUACAACCUGCGAGAAGGCAGCCAAGACGAGGGCUUCAGCAGAUUCUGCAAGUCGCCCAGACUUCCCCAUUCACCAAAGCUCCCUCCUAUCGUUGAGACGAAGUCGGACGACCCCGAUGACGCCUUCCACCUCUCUCCAGCCACGCGCUCUCGCCGCAACCUCCUGCUGCCCAAUUUCACCAGCCCGGUUCGCCGCACCUCCCUGGGUAACCUGCUAGGAGACGAGCUGCGUCAGUUCAACGCCCUGCGACAUUGCCGUUCACCAAACCUCAGCCGAGGAUUCCCUGGACAAAGCUCAUCCCCUCAGCCACCUUCAAAGAAAGAGCACGGCACUUCCUUAUCCACUCCGACUCAGGCUUCAGCUUCAGCCAAGGAUGAGCUGGGAGACGAGCAAAAACCUGCAAAGUUGCUCAUCCCGACGGUGAUGUGUUUUCCACCGCCGGACCUCAGUCCCAGGGUUGUAGAUGGCAUCGAAGACAACGGCCACACGUUCCAUUUCACCGUGGAGCACAGCAAGCCCAGCUCCAGAACAGGUGGCAUCACCCCAGAAACCACACAAACAAAUGCCACACUGCUGCAGGAGACGGAGGAGGUGAAGGAGAGCAUAAUUCAGCUAAAUCUUAAGGUGGGCGUAUUAAACCAGGAAGUAUCAGAACUCACCAAGAGCCUUCACAGCAUGACGCAUCUCCUCCAGGCUCAUUUAUCCGUAAAUCACCACCACAAAACCUCCUGUCUUUCGAGUCCUCACUCUGCUCAGACGGUGUCCAGCUCUCCCAUGGCUCCCAGCACCUCCACAGCUUACUGCCUUUAUACCAGUCCGCAGAGUCUCAAAGCCAGGGGCCACCAAAGUGCAUCAGUCGCUACCCAGUGGAGCUACAGCGAAACUGUUCAGUCCCAUAGCAACCAGUCUACCACACCAAUCUCUAAUGCUUGUCUGCGACUUUCACUAAACUCUUCAUCUAAGUUAGGUUUAUGCCAUAGCACUGAGAGCAUGACUUUGCCUGUAUGGACCAGCCCGUCUCUGUUUCAGGUCAGUGGAAGUCCUGACUUGGCGCGUCAUUCAAGUCGGGUUGAGUCCCGACCUCUCGGUGCUGGUCCAACCUCCAUCAGCCAGUCCCAUCCCACGCUGCGUCUGCAGCCUUCCAGUGACAGUGAUGAAUUCACCUGCCUUCUGUCCGGCGCUCCUGCAGGCACAUCCACACGCAGCCUGCUGGACCCAACGCCUCAAACCUCCGGUGAUGAUCUGGGUCACAAUCCGACCUUCCAGAUCCACGACUCGCACUCCUCCCUCCCUGGCGCCUCUUCUUCACCGCCUGCAUUACCCGGCCAACCGUCCGACUCCUCUCUGGAUUCAGGAUCGCCACAGAUGGAUGUUUUGGCGCCCCGUCUCACACUGGGCGACCCCUCUGCUUCAGAGCACACCAGUUUGGAGUGUCUGCUGGGCAAUAGGGACUCUGUGGAAAGUAGGGACAGCGAGAGCAUGUCAUCACGAAGGUCCAGCAUCGGCGGUCAAACUCAGAGCACCGAGCAGUCCUGGUGCCUGGACCUCACAGACUGAAGCGUCCACUUUUGAGUUAGACUUGGCAACAGUAGUUGCGUUUCCACUGACCAUAAAACGUUAAACCUCAUUACAUCCUUCAAUGCAUGCUGUCAUGCACAAUUGCAUGUGGCAUGCAUUUAAAGACUGGAAUGAGAUUUAAAACUCCUGACCUGAUGUCUCAAAAACCAUCACAAAUUCUUUAUCUCUAGAAAACCAUCGGGGAAAAGUGUAUUUGGAAGACAGGAAGUUAUCUCAGAAAAAAAAUGAACUCCUUGUCUUGAGAAAAUCAUUGGGGAAAAGUAUUUAUCAAAUCGUCCUCUCUCAGCUUCCGUAGAUUUGUGAGCCUAUCAAAAUUGGUGGUUUUUUGCAAAACUGAAAUGGAAAAACUUUUUCCCAAUCCAAGCGGUUUGUACACAGCAGCAGCACACUUAUUUGUGGAAACUGCAGCUGGCUCCACCAGAGCUCUCAGCGUUGGACAAUUAAUCAAAACAUCAGUUUGUUGAAUCUGUAGCUCUUCUGUAAACACGCCGACUUCAAUUUCAUCAAAACACUUCAUAUAAUAUAUGUAGCCGCCCGGUGAUGUAAGGAGCUUGUCGCUCCCACAACCUGUAUCUGAUAUUUUCAUGACAGUCUGAAGAACACAGGUAGGCUUUUUUUCCGAAUUCAAGCCAGACCACUUGGAUACCCGAUACGAAUCCAAUCUUUUCAAACGAGACCCGAGUCUCAACGGCCAGGUCCUGAAAGUCACUAGUACUCGACAAACGUCACUAUUCUGCGCCCUGAUACGCCCAAUCGGGAAUAAAAACCACAACUAUGCGGACUAUAAUGAGGGUUACGUUGUUAAUAUUCUGGCUCCGGUCGGACAACUUCAAAAUCAUAAGUUAUUCUCCACCGUUAGCAUCCAUGCUUACUUCCGCGAACACUGAGCACGCUCUCUGUGACGUCAUCCCACCCUCUACUGCGCAUGCGGGACACUCUUAGGUCGUUUGCGGUUCACACAGGAGGUCGCAUACAAGUCGCAUAUGUUUGAAAGUGAAAGACCACAGCAAAAAUAAAAUAUCUGAUAAAAGUGCAGUGGCUGAAAUUUUAAUGACAGCACAUAAACACGCCUGUUUAUGUGUGAUUUUAAUUCAAUUUCUUAUUUUAUGUUAACGCCUCAAUUGCGAAAUUGUGUUUUUUUCGACAUCAGCAGAUUAUCAGAAAACUUUCGUGCACAUUUGUAUUGGAAACGCAUCUAUUGUCGCUUUAUUGACAUGCAUCUUCAUACAGUAUUUAAACCGACUCUAACAGAUUGCUAAUCUGUACUUUUUAUUAUUUUAUAACUCUUGGGCUCCUGCAUUUGUCACUUUCUAUGCAACAGCAUGUUUUUGUGCAUUAUAUCGGCUUUAUGAAGUGUGUCUUCAGCUCCGCCACAGGAGCUGCAGUAUAUAUGUUGUAUAUUUUUCCAGCAUCCUCAAUCAUUUUGCCAUCUAUGAAACCUGUUACCUCUCUUGCAUGGUAAAAGUUGUUUAUUCUUUUUCCUAAGGAAAAGUGUGUAAGCAUUCUACAUUUCUACAUCUAUUAUUGAUUAUGUACACAAAUACUGUAUUUAUGCAGGAAGUGAGCCUGAGCUAUUGGAUAUUUUCAUAUAGAGAGGAACUACAAUGGCAUGCCUCACUUUGCAUGUAUGAAUAUGUGUCUGUUUUUUUAAAAUUAUUAUUUUAUUGAAUGUCUUUCCAAAAUUCAGCAUUUUCUUUUGUAUAUCCACUGAACUUUUACUUUCUGUGCCCUGCGAAUUAUCUGGAAAUGUAGAUACAUUUCCACACUGUCAAAUUAAGUAUUCUUAAAAUUAAAAUUUCACCAUAUCUCCUUUCAUAAGCAUCCGAAAUACACACCUGCUGAAGAAUACAAAAUAAACGUCCAUAUUAAACUGAAACAUUUAAAUCGUGUUCAUCCACACAAAUUCUUCAGAGGGAAGCACAAAUUUUUCUGAUUAAUUAAGAGUAUUUUAUUCUUUCUGAAAAGUUUCUCCUUUUGGUUGUCAAAAUAAAAAACUGAGAUCGCAUCCUGAGUAUCUUUGCUGUGUUGAGUUGGCUGCCUAAUAAUGUUCAUUAUGCUGCUGAUU